UAUGGAUAUAGAAGAAAUUGUUCACAUCUCACAGCACUUCAAAUCUAGAAUAACACAACAUUGUCCCUCUGAUAACUAGAAACAUGUCUCAUCAAUCUCAUCAUUCUACCCACAGCAGCUCUGCACACAGGAAUUUCAGCUCCUCUUCAGCUUGCUUACCAUCAGUGAGCAAACACAGCAUCAGCCCUAUCAGCACAAAAAAAGUCUCCAUUGGCCACAAAGUCUUUCCAAGUUUUGGUAGUAAAAGUGUGUACAGUGUUGUUUCUGGAGGACAUAAGAUGUCAGUUGGAGGGAGUCACUCAGCAAGAAUUGGACAUGGAUAUGGACAUAGCUUUGGUGGAUCUAGCUCUGCAGGCAUCGUCCCUGUUACAGUGAACCAACAUCUAUUGGCACCUAUGAACCUGGAGCUUGACCCGAAUAUCCAGAAAGUGAGAACAGACGAAAAGGACCAAAUCAAGGGUCUUAACAACAAGUUUGCCACUUUUAUUGACAAGGUGAGAUUUUUGGAACAGCAGAACAAGAUGCUGGAGACCAAAUGGGGUUUUCUACAAGAGCAGAAGAAAGCCAGGUGUCAGACUGAACCUCUGUUUGAAGCUUUUAUCGGCAACCUCAGGAGACAACUGGAGAGUCUCACAUGUGAAAGAGUUCGCCUGGAGGCAGAAAGAAGGAACAUGGAGGAAGCAGUGGAAGAAUUCAAGGCAAAAUAUGAAGAAGAGGUAAACAGACGUACAGCUGCAGAGAACGAAUUUGUUAGCAUUAAGAGGGAUGUAGAUGCAGCAUUUAUGAAUAAGACAGAACUCCAAGCUAAAGCAGACUCUCUAACAGACGAGAUCAACUUCCUGCGCGCACUGUUUGAUGCGGAAAUUGCGCAGUUACAGGCCCAGAUCUCAGACACUUCAGUUAUUGUGUCCAUGGAUAACAGCCGAGACUUGGACCUUGACGGUAUCAUCUCUGAAGUCAAGUCUCAGUAUGAAGAGAUUGCUAAGAGGAGCAGAUCAGAGGCUGAGAUGUUGUACCAAACUAGAUAUGAAGAGAUGCGUAUGAGUGCUGGAAAACAUGGCGAUCAUCUACGAAAUACCAAGCAUGAAAUUGCAGAACUUACCCGUGUCAUUCAGAGACUUAAAGGAGAAAUUGAAAGUGUGAAGGAUCAGCGUGCAAAACUGGAAGCUGCCAUAUCAGAAGCUGAAGAACGUGGAGAGGUGGCAGUCAGGGACGCUAAGAAUAAAUUAGUUGAGCUAGAGGAAGCUCUACAGAAAGCCAAACAGGACAUGGCUCGCCAAAUGAGAGAAUACCAGGAACUGAUGAAUGUUAAACUUGCUCUGGAUAUUGAGAUUGCCACCUACAGAAAACUGUUGGAAGGAGAAGAAUGCAGGCUAUCUGGAGAGGGAGGUGGUUCUGUUAGCAUCUCUGUACUACACUCUAGCAGUGGAGGAUCCCGUGGAGGGAGUGGACAUCAUCAUAAGAGCGGAUUUAGCUCAAGCAGUCUGUCUAAAGGGAAAUACAGUUCAGGACAUGGCCAUAGUUAAAGACAAAGUGACCAUGUCCUAGCAUUUCAUAGCUUGUCAAAUGUCAAUAUGUAAACAAAUUUGAAGCCAAAAUUACAAUUUCAAGUUUAUUCAUGUGCAAAGAAAUUUUAGUGCUUAUUUCUGGAACUUUCACUGAAUGAUAUGGCAAUCCGGUUAACUCAACUUUGCCUUGCAUAUAAACAGAAUAAUGAUUUGCAAAGAUUUGAAGUUGGCAGGACUAGAAACUUAAAUGUCUCAGAAGGUUUUCUAGUUGUUAAAUCGUUGCAAAUAUAUCAUUUGGUGUACAACAAUUGAGCCUUCUGUCUGGAAGUAUCCAGCUUACAGCUGGUCAAUACUACAGAAAAAGGUGGCCCAUUAUUAACAACCAAAACAGCCUAGAACUCUUUAAUGCACACCAUACCAAUGUAUUUUUACUAAAGCAGAAUACUUUAGUAUGAAUAUUUACUCAUCUUAGAUUCAUUUAAAUGCCAUCUUUUCUAACAUAUAGUGAGCAUAGUAAGCACAUUUUAGUGUUACCUGUUAAUUUGAUGUGGACUUGACACAAGUAUGCAAUAUUUCCUUCAUAGUGUGUAAGGUGGAAGCUAGAGUGAUAAAAAAAAUCUGAAAUUGUAAAAGCUGAGUUGUGUUUAGAGAUUGUGUGUACUAUCUCCCUUUUACUGCCUGGAUAUUAAAUUAGUUUUGCUUAUUGAAAAA